CGCCCCCUCUUACACCUUCCUACCCAGCCUACUCGGGCGAUCCUAACCCAGACCUGGACCGCCCUUUCACUCUCCGGGAGCUCGAGGCUGCCCUGGCUUCUAAUGCUUCUCGCUCCGCUCCCGGUGAGGACGCCAUAACAUACACCACACUCCGAAACCUUCCUGACCACGCCAAGGAAUUCAUUCUCCAGACUUUCAAUAAGGCCUGGGACAGCGGCUGCCUGCCGAGCUCCUGGACAUCCUCCCUCAUUUCUAUGAUUCCAAAGCCGGGCAAACCUCCCUCCCUCUCUAACCUUCGCCCUAUCUCCCUGACGUCGUGCGUUGGCAAGACCCUUGAGCGAAUGGCUCUGACUCGCCUCUCUGAUUUUCUUGAGGUGAGAGAGUUCCCCCAUUCUCUUAUCGGCUUCCGACGACGCGUCUGUGCACAGGACAUGUUCCUGAUCCUCCAGCAUACCUUCUUCUCGCCCACUCCCAGCCAGAUCCACGCUCUUGUGACUGUUGAUGUCCGCAAGGCCUUCGACGGUGUGUGCCACGAUCACAUCCUGUCUCAACUUUCCUCCCUGGGAUGCGGCAACCGCUUGUACUCUUAUAUCCGCUCCUUCCUCUCUAACCGAGUGGCUCGCUUUCGAGUUGACACUCACCUGUCCGACCCCCACGUCCUCACCCGUGGCACUCCUCAAGGUGCUGUUCUCUCUCCUACCCUUUUCAAUAUUGCUAUGACCCCUCUCGCCUCCCAGCUAGCCCAAAUUCCUGACCUCCACCACAUCUUUUAUGCCGACGACAUCACUCUCUGGUGCUCGUCUGGCUCUCCCGGCCACGUACAGGACACCCUGCAACGUGGGCUAGAUCUCAUCGGCUCCUUUCUCACCACAGCUGGUCUGUCACCUGCUCCGGAGAAAUCCGAGCUUCUCCUUCUCAACCACUCCGCAUAUCAGCGCUCCCACAACGCCCUCAUCUGCCUCCAUCUUUCUGGCUCUCCCAUUCCUAUCGUCUCCCAAUGCAAAGUUCUUGGCUUCCCUUUGCAUGCAGCCAAGAAUGCGCAUGCCCUCCACCACGCUGUAACGACCUGCCACUCAGUAACUCACCUCCUGCGGCGUGUGGUCACUCGGCGCUCAGGCCUCCACGAGGCUCAUGCGUGUCGUGUCGCCCAUGCGCUCGCCCUCAACAAGUUCCUGUACUUUGUACCUUACGUUUCCUUCACGAACACUCAACUUAACACCCUUGAAACCGCCCUCUUAGGCCUCUACAAGGCAGCUCUCAAUCUCCCUAUUACUACCUCCACUGCUAAGGUCUUUGCCACAGGCCUCUUCCAUCCUCUCCGUUCUCUUCUUUCUCUCCACCGUGACUCCCAGGUUGCCCGGCUUUCCCUUACCCGUCAGGGUCAGUGGUUACUUGCCCAGGCGGGUAUAUCCCCCAUUCCCGUUUCCACAUUUACCUCUCCUAUAUCCACCCUGGCUCCCAACCUUCGUAUCCUCCCCCUCCCGUCCAAUAUGUCUCCCGUCUUGCAUGCCGGUCGUCGUCACGCGGCAGCGCAGCACCAUGUCCCCCCCUUUACUACCCAAGGAGUAGCCUACACGGAUGCCUCUUUCGUGGCUCCUCGAGGUUCCUGCGGCUACGCUAUCUACCAUCCCCACCUCCCAGCACCUGAAACCCACACCAGCGGGCCGUUCCUACACCCUCCGGAUGCACUCUCUCUCGAGGUCCUUGCCAUUGCCCAUGCCCUACAAUCAUUUGCAUCCCUUCCCUCUCUCCCAGAGUACACAAUAUACUCCGAUUCCCAAGCCGCCAUCCACCACAUACAGAACCGCACACUACCCUAUUCACUCCAACAGGAGGUCGAACGAGCUGUCUCUGCACUGCAGCCUUCCACCGUUUUCCUUCGCUGGGUCCCUGGACAUUCAGGGAUUAACGGCAAUGAGCUGGCCCAUCAGCUCGCCCGUGACGCUUCUAACCGGGCACCGUUGAUCCCCUGGCCCAAGCCCUCGGAGGACGGUGGGAGACUCUCCCUGCGCCGCACCAUCAAGGAAGUAUACCUCCAGCUCCGUCUCGACAAGCGCCUCUACCCUCCCCCUCAUCCAUCACUCACUGUGCCGGAGGCUCGCCUUCUGCGGCAUAUCCAAAUGAAUGCAUUGAUUACCCCCUCCCGUCUGUUUCUUUAUCGUUAUCGAGUCGACCCCAGCUGUCCAAACUGCCCCUCUACAUAUGCGGACCUAGCUCAUUGCCUUUUCCACUGCCCCGCUGCUCAGCAAUCGCAUUCAUAUCCUCCCCCUUCCCUUUCCAUCACCACCUGGCUCGACUGGCUUGGCGCUGAAGGGGAAGAAGAACAGCGUAGACUUGCCGCCCAGGCGGUUGAGAUGCUCGGCCUGUAA